CUCUCUGAUCGCAAACAGGAAACUCAUUCUGUUUCGUUUAAUUGUCUGAGCAAAAGUUCUGGAACAGUUGCUGUUUUCAGACGAGCAAUGAACUGCAAAUAUAAGCUGAUAUUUUUGUUCCUCUGUGGCUUUACUGGGCUCACUGUCUCGGAGGAGGAAUGUAAAGAAAACCAAAUGGAGGGAACAUCAUGCACCUUGAAAAUAAAAUUAAGUGAGUCCAAGCCAGCAGAAGUAAGAUGGACCAGUGAUAAAUCUGAGAAUGUAGCUAAAAGGAAAAACAAUAAGGAAAAUGUAAAUGAUGGUUUCAAAUUGGAAAACGAUGGAUCUUUGACAUUUAUCAAAAUUAGACUGAAUGCAACUGGCUGGUAUGAUUUCAGUGCUUACAGUUCUGAUGGGAAACAGAUUGGUAAAGACAGGAAGAAAAUUCAAGUUUAUGUAAAAGUCCCCAAACCAAAUCUGAAGUUGACCUGUAAUACUGAUGGAAAUUUUACGCUCACCUGUAAUGCUGGAGAUGGGAAAGAUCUACAGUACACCUGGUUUGAAAAAACGAAUACCAUACGAAAUAUAAACACCAAAACUUCAACACUGAUCUUGCCUGUAGCGAAAUUACAAGUGAAUAAUCAGUAUGCUUGCUCUGUCAAUAAUCCUGUUAGUGAAAACAAAAGUGAGAGUAUAAAAGUCACAUGUGAAGGUGCAGGAUUUAAAAAAAAACUCUUUGGCUUUGAUUUCUGGAUAAUGGUGAGCAUUCUAGCAGGUGGUGGAGCUCUUCUACUGCUGCUAAUGUCUGUUCUGGUGAUCUGUGCGUGUCGUAGCUGUAAACAACGGGAGAAACAUCAGCGAGAUGAAGAGGAGCUCAAGCUGAGGAAUUUAAACACUUCGGCUCCGCCUGGACAAAACAGAUCCAAAAGCACGGCGAGGGGGCAACCGGCACCCCCCCUCCCGCUAGUGGAACCCAUUAUUUGCAGCCCGACCACACAAACCCCACCUCAACCCAAAGCCCACGUGCGUGCUCGUCCUCCACCACCUCCACAGGAUGAAGAUGAGGAAGAUCCUCCUCCAUUACCUCGACCCAGGAAAAACAAUCACCGGGACAGGAGGAGUCAAGCGCCGUACCAACCAAUGGAAUAAGAUGCCAGACCAGGAAUCCUAAGUGAACAAUGAUAUGGGACUCUCAAUGACUUGCAUUGAUUUUUAAAGCCAUAUUUUGAUGGUGAGAACAUCUUUAAAGGUGCACUAAUUAAUUUCAUGGGCUAUGUUUGAAAGAGCUUACUACGAUGCAAUACACUCAUAUCGAUCUUCCAUUUCCAAUGUGACGAAUGGGUCAGAAUUAAUAUCAACUGUAAUUUUUAAAGUUUUUAUCCAUUUUUUGACUCAUUCUUUGACUGACAAAAGUUGAAACCAUUUUUACCAAUUUUUAUUUCCAAGAUGAUAACUGGACACCACUCGGUGAACUAAACGCGCAACGUCAUGAGGUCAUGUGACAACAACUAUUUAGUGUACUAUUUUUUAAAUCUUUAUUUGUAGACCAAUUCCAACUUUUACUUUCUGUUUAAAAAAAAUUGUUGGCAGUGUAUAGUGUAUACAGCAAUAUAUUAAAGUAGUAAGCAAGUAUUUUAGUCCAAAUAUCGGCAUGUUUAUGUUUUGCUGGUUCUAUGGCUGUGUCUCGUUUCAAAGGCUGCGUGCUAGGUAGGACGCGUCCUUUGAAGGCUGCAGUAUACCGAGUGUCCUCCCUUAAACAAGCCUCGUUUAAACGAGAUGGCCUUCGUAGGACAAACGGAAACAGAACAUAACAUGGUUGCUAUGACAGCACGCCACUCUUUAACAAGCGCGAGCACUUUGAGUGAGAAGGAACAAAGUCCAUUUGGAAGGGAAUGUAUGAGGUACAUUUUAGGAGAGUUAUAAUGAUGUAAAGAGAAAAGAAAACAGAUUUUACAGGUGUAGUUUUUGUCUAAUACUUUAGUUUUAUCAUACACUCUGCGCCCAUCUACUGGGGUACUUCAACUUGGGAAUUAACAUUACUUGCGUUUGAACAUCAUAUUUACGGGCAAAUUGGCGUCAUUUUUUUAGACAUUUCCGCUGAAGCAAAGAAUUGUGGGUUGUGAGUGCCCAUGAAGGAUACACCUCAUGCAUCCUCCGAAUUCCCGUGAAAGAAGGUCGCAUUCGAAGGCUGCAUUCGAAGUGUCCUACUCGCUUUUCUGAAACGAGACAGCCUCGAUGACGUAUGCGGCCGACAUAUGUGACCUCCGGAGGGCGCAGCCUUCCAGACGAGACACAGCCGAUAUCUUUGUUAAUUAACUUGAUCAAUUUAGCUAGACACAGCUUUUGAAGUAAAAAAACAAACAAACUAGUAACUUAGUGCACCUUUAAGAGGUAGCGUUUUGUUAAUCUAUGAGCAGGUUGUUGUGCGUUGAAAGAUUUACUCCUGAAAAUGAGGAUGUGCAAAGAAAGCAGUUUUGUGGUUAAUACAUAACUGUGAAUUUUUUUACAGUAUGUAUUUGAUGAUGUGUUCACCUAGCAGUGCAUUUGGUUCAAAAUAUUUUUGUAUAUUUUAAUAUUAUGCAAUAUUUAAAUUAUUUCAGUUAGUCCUAUUGCUUAUAUACCUAAUAUGCUUUUUGCUUUCCAAAACAGUCUUGUGAAUGCCUAGCCUUUAGUCUUAUUGUUUCGCGCACAGUCGAACGCUUUAGCCUUUAAAGUAUACUCUUUUGACUGCAAACUGAAGUAUUUGACGUAUGCGCACUCUAAAUGCUUUGUGAUCUUUCUUUAGUACAGUCAACAUCAGGCGCUUGUGCAUACGACGUGCAAAGAUGUGGAAAAACUUAUCUAGAAAAACUGUAUUGCGUGCAGACAGUCCGCGUGUAAUGUGCUGAUAAUGGAAUUUGCGUCACGCACACUGUGCGGAAAAAUGAAAUAUACGUUUACCUUAAGCUUGUGUGCAUGCUGUCAUUAAAGCAUAGGGUGACAUACAAAAAAUGAAUAAAUUCGGGGCCUGGGUAGCUCAGCGAGUAUUAACGCUAACUAUCACCCCUGGAGUUGGGAAUUCAAAUCCAGGGCGUGCCUAGUGACUCCAGCCAGGUCUCCUAAGCAACCAAAUCGGCCCGGUUGCUAGGGAGGGUAGAGUCACAUGGGGUAACCUCCUCGUGGUCACAAUUAGUGGUUCUCACUCUCAAUGGGGCAUGUGGUAAAUUGUGGGUGGAUCGUGGAGAGUAGCAUGAGCCUCCACAUGCUGUGAGUCUCCACGGUGUCAUGCACAACGAGCCACGUGAUAAGAUGAGCAGAUUGACGGUCUCCAGCAUUACAGGUGAGCGUAACAUUUACAUCAGUAUUACAGGUCGACUUCAGAUUUGGUUUGGGGACGUUUACUGAAAAACAAAUGUGAAGAUAGCUUUUCAUUCUUCUCAGUUCUUGCAUUUAAGCAACAGUUCAGCCAAAAAUUAAAAUUCUGUCAGAUUCGUCCUCCGCCACCCGGACUGAGGUGAGUAACCAUGCCACCACGAGGAUCUACUAAGUAGUGGGAAUUGGGCAUUCCAAAUUGGGAGAAAAGGGGAUUAAAAAAAAAAAAAAAAGAACAAAUUCCCACGAGCAUGUUUACAUGCACGUCGAUUAUACUUAAUAAGCAGACACAGUGUGUUGGUCAUGUAAACGCAUUAAACGUCGUUCCUUAAUCGGAGUAAGUUCAUAAACAUCAUGAGAAUAAACCAAUCGACAUGUGCAGAUUUCAUGUUGCAUAUUAACGCCUUAACCUGUGUUCUUACUGGCUUAUACAGUGUGCGCACUUGUUUUGCGCACGCCUCUUCGUGGUUUGACGUCAAAAGCAGAGAAUAACACGAUUAUUGCAAAUUUCAUGUAAACGGCGAUUUCUUACUUUGAUCUUUUAAAUAAGCUGAGUUUAGAGAGUAAACAUCGUAUUGGUGUGCAUGUAAACGCACUCAUUCGUGUUAAUUUUUCAAUUCAACUUUUGACUCAAUUGUUAUGAUGAUAAUACAAUUUGUAAUUAAAUAAGAAAAGAAUGCAUAAUAGAAAAUAAUGGUUUUAAACUUUUGGACCCCACUUUAUGUUUGAGGUACAGAUGUAGCAAUAAUACUGUCAUGAAUUGACAAUUCUGGUGAAUCAUGGUUUUCCGAAGUCAUUGACAGUUUGAGCAGAACAAUGCACAGCAUGCUUUUGUGACAUGUUUGCUUCUUUUCAGUUCUUCAUCUGUGGUGACGUUUUAACACCAAAAUCGCAUAUCUAGUCAGUAUGUGUGAAGGCUACAGGGAUGUGGUUAACUGCAUCUCAUUUAGCCUACAGUCUGCAUGAUAUGUCAGCUUUUUUUCUAUUGUUUGCUCUCUUCCUGUGUGUGGGAGAUGGUGCAGCCUCCAGAGUGCACAAGAUGUUUCUAACACUGAAGGUGAUAAUUCACGCAAAAAAGAAAAAUUUGUCAUCUUUUACCCACCCUCAAGUUGUUCCAAAGUUGAUGUUAUGCAGAAUGUUAGGGACUAUUUGCCGCAAAAUUGUGGUUAAAGUUAACCAUAACUGUGCCAUAGUGUUAACUUUGAUGGCCAACCAUGUUUACCCUGCGAGAUACUUUUUUAUUUUACUGAGCAUUUGUUUCCUUACUUAAAGCACGUAUAAAUUAUAAUGAAAUUUAUAUACAAUAGACAGUACAUGCUGUAAAAUUGAAUUUAUGUGUUCAAAUAACGUUUGGAGCUUUAAUAUCAUUGUGUGGAAAAAAUAUUUUCUGUAUUUAUGAUUGUUGCUUGUCUGAUUGAUUAAUAACUUCCCAGUGAGAUCUUGGGUAAAUCCGAGUUCAGAAUGUGUGACAAAAACUGUCACUUAUAAUUAUAAAAUUUCUGGACCAAAUAUCACGAUUGACAUUUUUUUAUGGAAAAGCGAUUCAAAAACGUUUUAAUGAAAAACGAAAGUUCCUUUCUUUCGUCCGAGUGACAUAAUGACGCAACCUCUGAUUGGAAUGCGCAUACUUUCCAAUACGCCAGUGUUUUGCAUAACCGUCAAAUAGAAUUUGAAUCGGACGAUACCUAAAAUUUCAGAGAUAGAACUUCGUCGGAGGCUGUGAUUCAUCGCAAAGACAAUUCAUGAGCAGUAACUGACCAAGUCUCGCUCAAUCUUAUGAGAAUUCAUACAAAUAUGUACGAGUUGGCAAAAUCGUAUGAAAUCAUACGAGUUCAUUCAUACGAAUUUUAGACGUGCAAAUACCCGUAUGUUUAAUGCGGAAGUAAGUGAAAGUUCCGAGUGUCAGAUGUUGUAGACGAGUAGAGUCUUUAAGGAUAAUUUGAAGAGUAAAGAGUAUGUUAUGUAUGACAGAAGAAAGUAAUUGUUUUAGACGGAGACGAGGGAGAGUCACCUGAUUGGCUGUUGCAAAAGUUGUACGAAUUCAAACGACCCAACUUGCCCUGGCUUUUCCCAAACUUCUUUAUGUCACAGCCAUUAACCAUGUUUUGCAGCUUGCUAGUCAGAGGUAGGUGGUAUCAGGGGGAGGAACAUUCUUACAAAUAUCUGUGAGCCAUUAGCUAAAGGUUAGCUAAGCGUACACUAGCAUAAAGAUGGCUUCAAAGCUAAUAGACAUGGACUAAAAGCCACAAUGGUCUAGUAGAAGUGUCUUUAUUGAUCCCUGUGGGGAAAUUGAGGAAUAGACAGAGGUCUUCCUCGGCUGGUUUCAACUCAGCUUUUAUAUUCAAGAAGGAAAAAACUCAUUCAACUAAUUUCAAUCACAUCAUCAGGCCAGUUUCUUUUUAUUCUCAAUAGUUACGGAGUGAAAGUGUUAUUUUAAAUGCUUGUGGAUGGUUAAUAUCCAGUUAAUUUUGUUUCGAUUAAACCAAAUUUUCUAAAUUACACCACUUUCUGUUGCUCGAAAAAAAUAAAGCUUCUUUCUUUUUAGUGGAACACAAGCAUGUGCUUUGAUGCUCCGUCACACAUUUCUUUGCCUAUAGAAAGAAAGUUUUGGAUUUAGCCUUCCAUGCAGAAGACCUUUUAAAGACUAGUUAUAAUUACUACGUGAACAUGCACGGUUGAUCCAGAUACAAAGAAAAAUAUUAGAGAUAAAAAGUACAUUUCUCAGUUGUUUCAAAGUCUUCACUAAAUAUAUAAUUAUAUUUAUUUAUCACACAUUUGCACAUAUACAGUGAAAUUCUUUUUUUUCACAUAUCCCAGCUAAGCUGGGGUCAGAGUGCAGGGUCAGCCAUGAUAUGGCACCCCUGGAGCAGAUAGGGUCAAGGGCCUUGCUUAAGGGCAACUUGGCAGUGCUGGGGCUUGAACCCCCAACCUUCUGAUCAGUAACCAAGAGCCUUAACCACUGAGCCACCACUGCCCCAUAUAAUGCAUUGAUACAGAUUUUAAUACUACACUUGCUAUGAUUUCUAUGCUAAUAAUUUUGCAAUUGCACCAAAGUUAAAAUUCAUGUACUAGAUGAUGCAACUAGGCGAAGAUGGGGUUUAAUGAAAAUAAAACAACAGACAAACAAGACAAAAUAAGCAGAUAAAUGCCCCAUGUGAAGCAGAGCAGUGCCCCCACCUCUAAUCUUUAUUUUUAUCUGGUCUUUAAUAAUCAGGUCAACAUCAACCAUUCAUGUUACAAGACAAAAAAUAUUUGGAACGCUUUGAGAAGAACAAUGAAUGCAUGAACAUUUUAGGUAUAGCCUAAUAUAAAUCUAAUCUGUCUUGCCUCUCAAGAUUCAUUAGGCCAGAAAAUGUGCACAUUGUGACACUUUGAAAUAUCAUAAAGAUCUUUUUCCACAGUGAUGAUGAAUUCAGAACUGCACACUUGAUUCUUGUCAGAAGAUUGUCAUCAUGGAAAAAAAUCUCAUUUGCUCAGUACGUCUGUAUAGGCCUAUAGUGUAGACUCUAAUGAUACCACAAACCACAUGAUCUGUGACUACUAUUUUUCAGUUCAUGUGAAUAAAUGAAUUCUAUAUAUUUAGAAGAAAUGAAAGAUUUUUGGUGUGUUUAACAUGCUGCAUGCACCCGAAGUCUGAAAUACAGUCCCGUACCUCAUACUAUUAGACACGACUUUUCUAUUCUAUACAUGGGUGUUUCCUGUUUUCAGUUGUCCACCAAGGAAGUGGCUGAAAUUGCAGAAUAGCAGUUUCCUAAAGACAUAAAAAAGCACAAUUGAUAUGAAAAGCAGUCAAAAAGACUCAACUACGCACAAGGUUAAGUAAUCAAGGUUACAUACUUACUGUAGGUGGCUCAUUCUAUACUUUAGGGUACAUUCAGUGUCCUCUGAUGAUAAUUGUAUAUUUAGUAACCAUUUUCUUCAGAAAUAUCCCAUUUUAUCCAUUAAGGGAAAGCAUGUUAUAAUAUCACACAAAUAUUUUGUGCACCCCGUGUUUCAUUUUGCUUGAAAUUGCCGUGAUGUUUCUUAAUUGACAGUUUUUGUAUUGUUGGGUUGGCCAGGCAAGGCCUACUAUAUGAGUCAAAAUGAGGUUGGGUCGUCAACUAUGUACCGUCAAAUAUGUUACCUCUAGGGACAAUUCUUGGGUAACAUGGUUGACGUGACCCUAAUGUGUCCACUGAUGUCCACUGAUGAUAAUGAAUUAUUUUCCAUUGAUCAGUUUUUUGUCAUAAUUUAAACCUGUAUGUAUCAGAGGACACUGAGGGUGCGUGUGACCUCAUGCAUGUGUGUUAAUCAUGAUGAUUACGGAUUAAGGGACAUUUCAUUGAUUUUACAAAAUUAACUAGAUAUUGUUCUUUUGCAAGUUAAAACAGAGAUCUUCUUAUGUAAAUGGUGUCAUUGUAUUUUGUG